ACGAAAAACCCUAGCAGAGCUCCGAGAUCUCUUUGUCGCCAUGGGAGACUCCGGCGAUCCUUUCAUGCGUAACCCUAACGCCGCCGUUCAGGCCCGCGCUAAAGUUCAGAACAGAGCCAAUGUUCUUCAGCUUAAGCUGAUGGGUCAAAGCCACCCUACUGGCUUAACAAACAAUCUCUUGAAGCUCUUUGAGCCACGGCCGCCGUUGGAGUACAAACCACCACCGGAGAAGAGAAAGUGCCCGCCUUAUACAGGUAUGGCUCAGUUUGUGAGUAACUUUGCUGAGCCUGGGGAUCCAGAAUACGCUCCACCUAAGCCAGAAGUUGAAUUACCUUCGCAGAAAAGGGAGAGAAUUCAUAAAUUACGACUGGAGAAAGGUGUUGAAAAGGCUGCUGAGGACUUAAAGAAAUAUGACCCGAAUAAUGAUCCAAAUGCUACUGGAGAUCCAUACAAGACAUUGUUCGUUUCAAGACUUAACUACGAAUCCUCUGAGAGUAAGAUUAAAAGGGAGUUUGAAUCUUAUGGACCAAUUAAACGGGUUCAUUUGGUGACUGAUCAGCUGACCAAUAAACCCAAGGGAUAUGCUUUCAUUGAGUACAUGCACACCCGUGACAUGAAAGCUGCAUAUAAGCAAGCUGAUGGACAAAAGAUUGACGGCAGAAGAGUUUUGGUUGAUGUUGAGAGAGGUAGAACCGUCCCAAACUGGCGUCCACGCAGGCUUGGUGGUGGACUUGGGACUUCAAGAGUCGGUGGUGGUGAAGAAAUUGUUGGGGAACAACAACCGCAAGGAAGAACCUCCCAGUCAGAGGAGCCAUCGAGACCAAGGGAAGAGCGUGAGAAAUCUCGGGAAAAGGGAAAAGAAAGGGAACGAGAAAGGUCUCGUGAGCUGUCUCAUGAACAACCUCGAGAGCGGUCUCGUGACAGGCCGAGAGAGGAUAAGCACCACAGAGACCGAGACCAAGGAGGCAGAGACAGGGAUAGAGACAGUAGACGUGAUCGUGACCGGACCCGUGAUAGAGGAGACAGAGACCGCCGUGACCGUGACAGGGGACGGGAUCGUACUUCAAGGGAUCAUGACCGAGACCGUAGUAGAAAGAAGGAGAGGGAUUAUGAAGGAGGUGAAUAUGAGCAUGAGGGUGGUGGUCGGUCCCGUGAAAGAGAUGCAGAGUACAAACGUGGCGAGCCAGAAGAAACUCAUGGCUACUACGAAGAAGAUCCAGGGGACACAGACCGGUACAGUCAUCGCUACGAUAAAAUGGAGGAAGAUGACUUCAGAUAUGAACGCGAGUACAAGCGGUCUAAGAGAUCAGAAUCGCGAGAGUAUGUUCGUUGAUGUUUCAUUCGGUUGUUUAAAACUCUAAAACUUAAGAAUCUUUUUUGUUUACUUAUUAUAAAUCAAACCUGAUGCAAUUCUGUUUGUUACCGCUGAACUUGAUUGCUAUCUUUUCUCUUUUGAAGUUGUCAUAUUACUUAUCAAAUCGAACCAACUUUAAAGUUGUGAUGUUCUAUUGAUUAUUCCUUCUUAUGCAGUACUACUCUACAUAUGAUUUUAUCUAAUAUAUAAACAUUACAUGG